ACAGACCGUUCGGUCUCAAACUGGAUGGGGAGAGUCAAAACUGGAAAUUGACCCAACAGCUUGCACAAAAGUUAGGGUUUUCGAAGAAGAAGGUGAGGCUUUCGGGCUUUUUUCCAGGCUCAGCUCCGGAAGAUAAAGUCCUCAAAGGUGGGACAAUGAUUGUCAUCUGUAAUUGAAUAAGGAAAAUCGCCAUUGUAUAUAGCUGUUGAAGCUGGCAAAAUUGAGUAACAUGUAAUUUUUGAAUGAUGUUAAAUUGAGUCGAUCAGUGUUGGCUAAGAUAUGCAUUUCCUCGGGAAUAAAAAAGCCGCAAAGAGCUAAAGAUAGACUGGUCCAGUGCGGCCACACUAGGCCCAUUGGGUCGGGGAUCAUAAUUUUUAGCUUAUGUAGCAAAUGAGCUUGGACGGCUGAGAUGAAAGCCUGAAGCGACGAAUGCUAGCGAUUGAGCUUGGACGGCUGAGAUGAAAGCCUGAAACGACAAAUGCUAGCGAUUGGAAUAAAUGAAAUCACAAUCCGAGUGAAGCCAAGAUACCCAAUCAGACUGUGCCAUGUGCCCUUGUUUUAUGAGUAUAUAUAUUUCCCAAGUAGAGAGACUAACCCUCGAUUUAUACACGCCUCCCCGUCCACAGUUCUUCACUCUUCCUUCUCUGCAAAUCGCCCAUCUGCCCAGUUUCAGCUAAGGGCUGCCUACUCAAUUCUGAGUGAAUGAAUUUAGGUUGCAACGAUACGUCUCAACCAGCUGGGGUUUUAUUUUUCACCUCUACCAAGGGGUCUGCUAGCAAAAUUAAAGCAAAAAUGAACAACAAACCCAAAGAAAGAAAGUGUAAACAACUGAUGUCAGUAGUGUGCAAUCAUUGUAUCAGGUGUAUGCAAACCAAGCAAUGAUCGCUUUUGUGACACAGAUCACCAACCAAUAUGCUAGGAACAUACUAGGACUGAACUUUGGAGGAAUACAGGCUUACUGACACUGAAGUCCACCUGGGUAUGUUUGAAAGGAAGGCUGCCAGUUUAAGCUCGUGUGAAGCUUAAAAGUAUUAUUCAUGCCGACUCUGAUGCAACAAGAAAAGCAAUCCUCUGGUCGGGCCUUUCAGAAAUUCAAAGGAAUUGAAUCCUGCUAGAUCUGGCAAUCAAUGCAAAAAGUCAAAGAGUUCAAAUAUGUUUUGACUCCAGUAAAGGAACAUUGUCAAAUAAGGCAGACUUCAUCUGUCAAAGAUAUUGAAACUUCUCGUGCUAAGAACAAAAAGAAAAUGAGAGAAAUAGCAAGUGCAUCUCAGAUGUCAGGGCGGAGCCGAACUUAUGUCAUUCUACAAACAGCUGACAUGCAAUUCCACUUGCAUCCACUGAGGUCAUCAGAGGAACAAAUGGCCACUUACGAAGGAAAAUAUAAAAGAACUGUGCAAAUUGUCAAUCUCCCAUGUCAGGUGUUGAGCUUGCUAAAGAUGCUAAACGACAGAUUCUGGAUGCUGGUUCUUUUUCCACUGUUUGGGAGUUCUAUAUUAAAUCUGCACCUGAGGACUCUGAGGAACCUCUUCCUACUGAAUCUGCUACGACUGCUUCCUGGAUGUUCUUCAAAAAAUGGGACUCAUGGUAAGAAUUAUGGAUUAGCUGCUGGAUGUUCUCACUGUUGGGAUUAGAGACCGUGGUUCUCCACUUGCCAAUAUUACAAACUUGGUGCAAAGUACUGAUAAGGGCCUAUCAAGUUCUUUAAGAAAGAAGGUAUGACUUAUGCCGUAUGCAACUACCGCUCUUUGACCUUCAAUCUAAAACACUAUGUGUAUAGUGUUAAUGUGCCCCUUAAAAUGUUGUUAGGUUAAUGUUAACAGAGAGGGCCUUGGUUUGUAUACUUCAGAGAAUUUACAAGUUGAAUUUGUUCAAUUAUUAAUAUUAAAUUAUUAAUCAAUGUUAACCAAUAUUUUUUUUAUUAUAUUUUUAGAAGUAAUCAAAUAAAGCAACAUUUUUAUAUUUUUCCCUUAAGCUUAUCGAUUUGUUGGCACUGUUAGGAGUCCGAUAAAAACUCCUGCUUUUACUAGGACAACCUUUACUGACAAUGCCACACUGCAGGAUAUUUUAAAAAGUAUUCAACAUGAUGUCAAUUGCAAGUGAUUUUGUAUUGACAGUGUUAGUCAAAGGGAACACGUUUUUUGAAUCUAAAUAAUGUAGCACAGACAAAGAAACUGAAGGUCUCACCCACGGAUAUCUCCUUACAGCAAAGUUGUUCGACUCCCUUACAGACAUUGUUAAACAGAAGCAACACACCUUGUGCUCUGAAAUUUAAGUCUAGAAUUUCAAGUCUUGAAACACCAUUGAGCCAAGUGCUUUUUACGGAUAAAGAUCAUGGGCCUGACAGACAUGAGAAAAGAACAUUGGGAGAAAUUGGUGUGUUCUAACAGUUUACUUUUAGAGUAAUCAAUUGCUUGUUAAAAUUUCUUUCAUAUAUUUUUGUUUGAAUGUUCACCCUUCGGAAAAGUGACUAGAUAAUGUAUAAGGUAUGUUUUUUCAUAUUUAAUAUUAGAUUCGACCCAAUCCAUGUAUUGGUUAACCUUUAUUUUUGAAUGACGUUAAUGUGAGUUGAUCAGUGUCGGCCCUGGUCCAGUGCAGCCACACUAGGCCCAUUGGGUCGGGGAUCAUAAUUUUUAGCUGAUGUAGCGAAUGAGCUUGGACGGCUGAGAUGAAAGCCUGAAACAACGAAUGCUAGCGAUUGGAAUAAAUGAAAUCACAAUCCGAGUGAAGCCAAGGUACCCAUUCAGACUGUGCCACGUGCCCUUGUAAUACGAGUAUAUAUAUUUCCCAAGUAGAGAGACUAACCCUCGAUCUAUACACGCCGCCCCGUCUAUAGUUCUCACUCUUCCUUCUCUGCAAAUCACCCAUCCGCCCUGCUUUCAGCAAAGGGUUGCCAUCUCUAUCCUGAGUAAAUGAAUUUAGGUUGCAACGAUAUGUCUCAGCCAGCUGGGGUUUCAUUUUUCACCUCUAGCAAGGGCUAUGCUACCGAAAUUAAAGCAAAAAUGAACUACAAACCGAAAGAAAGAAAGCGGAUACAAUUGAGGUCAGUAGCGGGUGAUCAUUGUAUCAGGUUUACACAAACCAAGCAAUGAUCGCUUUUGUGACACAGAUCACCAACCAAUAUGCUAGGAACAUACUAGGAACUUUCUACUGAGCUGCCUCAUCAGCCCAAAGAUCUUACAGAUCGGAAAAGAUUUUGUAGGGGUUCACGAGCUAAUUGGCAUGAAGAAACGGUUGGAAAAGGGAAAACACCGGUGAAGUUAGGAACAUGCCAUUAGGAGGGGUAAGCCCAAAGUUGUAGGUCCAGUCUCGAUUUUUCUAAGAGUACUGACGGAAGGGGGCAAGAAAUGCUUGCUUAAUCUGUGAAGAAAUGUUAACUUAAACUCGAGGGGAGGGUGAAUUCUGCUGCUGGCCAGAUGAGAAGUGCACUCCAGCCAAAGAUUCAUUGUGCUCACCAGCAUUGCUCUUUUGGCCAUCAAGAACUGUUGCAUUCUCUGCGGGAUCAAUGACCUCAAAAUAUAUGUUCAAGUUUUUUGCUUGAUCCUCAAAGUUUUCUUUGCUUUCCCAAAGCAAUUGGUAAUCACUUUCAAGAAGCAGUUCAAGGUCAGCCUCCUGGUCCUUCACUAGCUUCACAGGAUCGAGUACAAUGCCAUUCUGAGCCUCUUGACCAUUCCCCUCCUUGCCUAUUUUGUUCUUCACCAUGCUCUUCUUUCUUUUCUCUUCAGAUUGCACGGGAUGUUGAGGCCCAGUGCUUGCAGUAUAGUGCAGAGACUGAGCAAGUGGAGAACCAAAAUUCUUUCUGUUUCCAGCUACAUUUCUUGUCAUAAAUGCAUUUGCACCAGGAUCAGACAAAGCAUCUGGUGAACUUAACCGGAACUGGAUAGAAUCUAUUGGGCUUCGCACCAUGAACUUUUCCUGAACACCACAGAAAUAUAAUAACACUAUUAAGGUUUGAGAAAGUCAUGGAAUCAGGUUCACACCAAGUUGAUAAAAUUAUUUACUGACCUCAUCAAAAAACCCGUGCCUGGGUGAUGGCUUGCGGAGGCCUGAAGGCUUGGAACUUGUUGGUGUUCCUCCAAAUGAUGAAAAUGAUUUACUGACAUCGUCAAAAAACCCAUGCCUAGGUGAUGGCAUGCGGAGGCCUGAAGUCUUGGAACUGCCUGGUGUUCCUACUUGAUUUUUGGGAAUUUUUAGGUCCUCCGGGAUUCUUGUUAAUAAUUAUUUUGUGAUUAGCUGAAUACUUUAUCACUUUACUACUUUGUAAUGUAAUAAUUGUUUUGAUAAAUAAUUAUGAUAUAAAUUGUUAAGGAUUAACACUCA